AUGAGCAAGUUACUUCGUAAAGCAUGUGAAGAAGCAAAAGAAGGCAAUAAGGAUAUUGUAAACAAAGUAAGACAUAUUGGUAAUAAGUUUCUCAAUGCUGUUGAAAUAAGUGCACAAGAGGCUGUCUAUUUAGUUUUGCAAAUGCCUUUAAGACGAUCAUUUCGAGAAUUCCAGUUCAUAAAUACAUCUGAUCCAGACGAAAGAACAUUCUUGGUUAAAAAUAUGGAUAAAAUUAAGGGACUACCCGACCAUUCCCUUGAUAUUGAGUCAGAUAAUGUUAUUAAAAGAUAUCAAAGAAGACCGAAGCAACUGGAAAAUUUAUGUUUGGCAGAUUUCGUUGCAUUGUUUAAUUGUAAAAGUGAAAGAAAUGAGAAAAAAACAGUGAAACCUAAUGUUAACUCAACACUUUUAGCAGAUGAUUAUCUCUUGGAAAAUGAUUUCAAUGAUAAUGUAGAUGAUGAUCUCUCUGAUAAUGACGAGACAUUAGAUGAGCGUGAUGAAUAUGAAAUGAAAGGAGGAAUAACUCUCGUGAAGAGGCAAAAACCAAGGAUAAUACGGUCAGUUAGAUUCAAUAAGAAUAAAGAUCCAGAAAAUUAUUGCAGAGAAAAAAUUAUGCUUUACACUCCUUGGAGAAAUGGAUAAAAAGAUCUUCUCAAGGAUUUUCAAACCUACCAGGAUCGAUUUGAAAAUGUUAGAGAUCUGAUAGAAGAAAACAGAAAACAUUACGAGAAUCAUUCAGCCGUUAUUGAUCAGGCAGUGCAAGAUAUUGAAAGUGAGGAAUUUGGGAAUGUAGUCGCUCCUAAUGCACAAUAUAGAGAUGAACAAGAUAAAGAUAUUGGCUCAAAAGAAAGUGAAUUAUUUGGAUGUUUUGAUCCUGCCAAAGAUAAGCAGCAUACAGAAUACUACUUAAUAAAUGACAUUGGUAUAUAUCCAAGAACAAAUGAUGAUGAAGAACUAGUUGCAAAACGACUGAAAGAUGAUGAUUUUAGGAAACUCGUUCAAUCACUUAAUAUUGAGCAAAAGGAAUUCUUUUACCAUGUACUGAAUUCUGUAAAAACUGGCAAAAUGCCAUUAAGAUUGUUUUUAAGCGAAGCUGCUGGUGUUGGUAAAACUACUGUUACAAAUGCUUUGUAUGAAGCACUUAUGAGAUAUUUAAAUGCGGAACUUGAAAAUGACCCAGACGAUGUCAGUGUUAUCAAAGUAGCACCCACAGGUAAAGCUGCCUUUAACAUAAGAGGGAAUACACUUCACUCUUCCUUUAAGAUCCCUGCAAACAGAGGAUUUAAUUAUUGCACACUUGAUAGAGACAGAUUAAAUACUAUAAGAUCUCAGUUAGAAAAAUUGCAAGUUAUUUUUAUUGACGAAAUAUCUCUAGUAGGCAGUGGUAUGUUUAAUUUUCUUGACCUAAGAUUACAGCAGAUAAUGGGCACAACAGAACCAUUUGGUGGUCUUAGUGUGAUAACUGUUGGUGAUUUAUUUCAAUUAAAACCAGUGUUUGAUCAUUGGAUAUUUGAAAACUCAAGCGAAAGCUAUAAUACAUUAGCAUCGAAUCUGUGGCAGCAAUAUUUUCAAAUGUUUGAAUUGCCACAGCUAGGUUAUGCGACAAAGGGAAGAUAA